AUCUUUAAACCCCACUAGAGGCCAGCUACAGUUGCACGGGGAUAAAAAAAAACACUGUUCUUAUAGCAGGAUAUUGACUCAGAUUGUGGAGAUAGUCUCGUUAUUUCCUGGUCCAGUGAAUUUUAAAGAGCUGCUUGACAGGAUUGUAAGAAGACGGUCACGGGACAGCGCAGGAGCUUUAAAAUGUUGUUAACGUAGCCAGAGAACAACAAUAGACGGAAAGACAACAACAACGCUAGCAGUUUGCUAAGCACUGCGCUGUUUUCAAACGCUAACUAAGGGCUAGCUAGUGCUAGCUAAUUCAUUAGCAAAUUUGUCCGACUAGGCUAUAAUUUAUUCGGACGGAGGCCGUAGCUGGUUGUGGAUAUCCUGAUACACCUACCGGUUGAGUCAGCUGUUAUCUGGCUCAUUUACGACCUCUUUCUGCUUAAGUUUCUAUUGUAGCGCCAGCUAGCUAAACGCUAAGUCCUGACUUCUCGCCCUCCCCAGCGGCCCAGCCGGAGAUGUGUGGAAGAUGUCGGUGUCGGGGCUGAAGGCCGAGCUGAAGUUUUUGGAGUCCAUUUUUGAUCCAAACCACGAACGGUUCAGGAUAAUUGAUUGGAAGCCCGACGAACUGAGCUGCCAGUUUAAUGUGACUGGAGAAAAGUUGCUAAUUAUCCACUGUAACAUUACGGAAUCAUAUCCAUCUACGCCACCGAUAUGGUUUGUAGACUCUGACGACCCGAGCUUGGCACAAGUUUUAGAGAGGCUGGAAGAUGUGAGAAAAGGAAGCACCCUGCUUUUGCAGCAGUUAAAAAAGCUGAUUUGUGACCUUUGUCGGUUGUACAACCUUCCUCAACAUCCUGAUGUGGAGAUGCUAGACCAGCCUCUGCCUGCAGGACCUGUGGGACAACAAGACCGAAAGCAUGGGACAGAAGAGGUCACAUCUGAAGAGGAAGAGGAGGAAGAGAUGGGGGAAGACAUCGAGGACCUGGAUCACUAUGAAAUGAAAGAGGAGGAGCCUGUUGAUGGGAAGAAAUCCGAGGACGAUGGCAUUGAGAAAGAAAAUCUGGCAAUCCUGGAGAAGAUCCGAAAGAACCAGAGACAAGACCACCUAAAUGGAGCUGUGUCUGGUUCAGUGCAAGCCUCUGACCGCCUGAUGAAGGAACUUCGAGAAAUAUAUCGGUCUCAGAGUUAUAAAACUGGGAUUUAUUCAGUUGAGCUUGUCAAUGACAGCCUGUACGAAUGGCACGUUAAACUGAGAACGGUGGAUCCAGAUAGCCCUUUACACAGUGAUUUACAAGUCUUAAAGGAGAAGGAAGGAAUGGACUACAUUUUAUUAAACUUCUCGUAUAAAGAUAAUUUCCCCUUUGAUCCACCUUUUGUCCGAGUAGUUUCCCCUGUACUUUCCGGAGGUUACGUUCUUGGAGGAGGCGCCCUUUGCAUGGAACUUCUCACCAAGCAGGGUUGGAGCAGUGCCUAUUCCAUUGAGUCUGUCAUCAUGCAGAUCAAUGCCACUUUAGUCAAAGGAAAAGCCAGAGUGCAGUUUGGAGCCAACAAAAACCAGUACAAUCUUGCCAGAGCACAGCAGUCCUACAAAUCCCUGGUUCAAAUUCAUGAAAAGAAUGGCUGGUACACACCCCCGAAGGAGGAUGGCUAGUAGAGACUGUCGCCUUUCCUGCACCGGGACCACGACUUAGAUUAUUUUCUUUUCUUCGUGACCAAUAUUGGUUCUACCCUUCAAAUAAUGAUGUUCUCUCUCAAUGACGGUUUAAAAUCCAAACCAAAUUCCUCAUUUAUUGUCUAGCCCAGAACAGGCACAUAAAAACAGAUCUGUUCACCUCCACCCACAGCAGAACGCCGCUGCUUCUGGCAUUGACGUCCAGUCUUCAGACGCUCAUCUGUUGUUUACCGUUGAAUUAUUUUUUUUAUUUUAUUGCCCACAAUUUGGUGGACUAAAUAUCAUGUGAACCUUCCCUUGGUUUUGGCAUUGAGCACGUCAAGGCUUGUCUCUGGCUUUGAACUCAAAAGGUGUGGCAUGGCUUUAUCCUCCACCAGUGGCAGUCUGAUGCGCCACUUGCCAUUCUCUAUCUCUCUGGCCUUAAACUGGAUGUUAGACUGGCAUGCGCCAUUUCCUAAUAUGAUGCAGUGAUGAUAGGAAGGACAUCAAGAAUGCUGGUGAUAGGAAACCCCCCUUGCCUUUGACUUCCAAGGAUGACCUCCCUAAUAUUGUGUUUUUCUUUUUAAUCCCAAGAACCCUCUUCCCCUUUUGGAGGAAAGAAAAUAAAGCUUCUCCUAAGUCUAGUUUGCGUUCUUAAGCUUAAAGCCCCAAGCAAGGGCAGGACAAUAUAUGGACUUGUGCAGGUUUUGUUGGAGAAACCAUUUAUGAGGAUCAGCAUGCUGCUGGCUUUCAAAUGUGGAGAAAACCACCAACAUUAUCGCAACCAGCAGCCGGACAACAUUGGCGUGCAACUAGACAUGAUUAUGAGGCAAAGCAGGAGCUCGUUUGGAUCAAAUCACACUGUAAUGUAAUUGAUUUUAACUCCACUGUAAACAUGUAAAUUUGUAUUUCUUCUAAAGGAUUUAAUUGUUUAUAUUGUAAUCUUGUGUAGGUCUUUGCCUGAGCAGAGACUGUAUUACUGAAUACUCUUGACUAUAACUUGCAGGGCCAUUGCAACCUCUUAAGACCAAUUUAAAAUAAAGUAACAUUUUA